AUCUGCCUGCUACAGACAUUUGAUAAAAUCAGGAACUCCGCACACGGCUCGGGAAGAAGUUCACCCCAGAACCUAUUAGGGCAAACUAUGAAAACUUGUUAGGGUCCUCCUGUCCUGAGAUCUACCACUGCUAAGGGACUUCACGGAGUCCAAGGAUCUCACUUUUUUCUUUUUUAGUUUUUUCUUUACUUUUUUUGUUAUUUUUCCUUUCCCCCCCCCAUUUUUUAAAUAUGAUUUUUUGCAAGUCAGUUAUUCUGGAUGUUUGAAAACUGAAUUAAGAAAAAUUCACUCAGAAGUUGGCUGAAUGUUGCAAGCUUGCAAGAUGGAAGGAUUUCCCCUUAUUCCCCCUCCCUCUGAAGACAUGGUACCCUAUGAGUCAGACCUCUACCGACAGCCCCAUGACUAUUACCAGUAUCUCAACAGUGAUGGAGAGAGUCAUGGUGAUCAUUAUUGGGACUAUCACCCACACCACAUGCACAGUGAAUUCGAGACCUUUGGAGACAACCAUUUCACAGAGCUGCAGAGUGUGCAGCCUCCCCAGCUGCAGCAGCUCUACAGGCACAUGGAGAUCGAGCAGAUGCACGUCCUGGAUUCUGCAAUCCCAACCACACACAUCGGACUCAACCACCAGGUGUCCUAUUUGCCCCGGAUGUACUUCUCUCCACCUCAGCCCAGCUCUGAUGAGGAGGACAUAGAGAGGCAGAGCCCCCCCUUGGAGGUUUCAGAUGGGGAGAAUGAUGGUGUGGACCCUGGGCCUGGAAUUAUGCAUGGAGAAACAGGCAGCAAGAAAAAGAUACGUCUGUAUCAGUUCCUUCUGGACCUUCUUCGCAGUGGGGACAUGAAGGACAGCAUUUGGUGGGUGGACAAGGAGAAAGGUACUUUCCAGUUCUCCUCCAAACACAAAGAAGCACUGGCCCAUCGCUGGGGCAUCCAGAAAGGCAACCGCAAGAAAAUGACCUACCAGAAGAUGGCACGGGCUUUGAGAAACUAUGGCAAGACAGGGGAGGUCAAGAAAGUUAAGAAGAAGCUGACCUACCAGUUUAGUGGAGAGGUGAUGGGAAGGGGGGCCACUGAGAGGAAGCAUUAUCCUCACUGAGGCCAUGGGACCCUAAGCAAGAAAAGUAUUGAGAGCUCCUGGCUGGAUUCCAGCAGAGGAGAUGGACGCAUCUUUCUCUUUGCUUCCUGUGCCCCCUUCUCUGCCUUUAAACAGCCUUUAUCAUCAGAUGUUUCUGGUACGAAUCCCCUUCUUCAGCAUCUGAGAAUCCCAAUCAUGACAGAAUUCUUUGCUACCAUCCUCCAAGCUGGACAGAGUUGGGAAAUUUAAACAAUGUACAAAUAUAUUGUUGUCAGGAAAUAUUUUUUUCUUUUUUUUUUUCUUUUUUUUCUGAUUGUAUUGUAACUAAAGAAUACAGCCAAUGAAGUUUUGCCUCCAGAGGUGGUGCUGUGUCACGCCCAGUGACGCCGCGUUAGCUUCCAGCUUUUGAACUAGCAUUAAUACAGGCUCUGCCGCCGCUCUCAGAGCUAGAGAGAAGUUUGCAGAUCUUGGAAUGAGACUCAUUCUUUUAAAUAGUAAUAACAUGUACAUAUUUAAUAAAAUUAGAUAUAAUGAA